CAAAUAGAAAUAUCAAGAAUUAAAAUGAUUGAAAAUGAAAACUCUCGUCUUCACCAAGCAAUAGAUAAAUCAAAUCGUGUUCGUAAGGAAUUAGAAGUCGCAUUAGAAUCAUGUCACGAAGUUGUUUAUAAAUAUCAAACGGAGGUGGAAGUCGCCCGAUAUAAAGUUAAAGAAGCGUUAGAAAUGGUUGAAAAAACCUAUUCGGAAAAAGAUGAACUCGUGACUGACWUAGAAAAAUCAAAUGAAAAAAUUGUCAAAUUAGAAAAUGAGCUCACAAAUAUAAUACAAGAAGCGGGUACAAAAGUUAGUUUCGAAGUGGAGAAGGUGAAAACCAUGUAUAAAGAUAAAUUACGAGAAGCUAAUGCCAAAAUUGAAGUUCUACAUACAGAAAAACAGAUCAUGGUUAAUAAAACCCAACAGAUAACAAGAGAGUAUGAAACUUUACAUAAGAAAUAUACAUCUAUCAGUCAAAAGUGUGAAAAUGAACCAAAUGUAUGCACAAAGAAAGUGACAAUGCUUGCCCAACAAAUCAAAGAGUAUGAAGUCACGUUCAACAAUUUAAUGGUAGAUGUCGAAGUCCUAAAAGAAACAAAUAGGAAACUUCAAGAGAGGUGUGUAUAARAAUKGUAUAAAACAUAAUAUGUCCAAAAAAUGUA